AUGAUAAUUUUUGCCAUCCUAAGGUCUGGUGACAAGUCAAGAGAAACCAAAUGUGGUUUUCAGAAACCAGACAUGGACAGAAGCGAAAGGGCAUUUUUGGAAAACCAAGCUUCGACAACUUUUUAUAGUUUUGUAUCUGCAAGUAAUUUUCUCUUGGAGAUUGUAGCAGUAGCUCUGCAUGAAGAACAACCGUUUUUGGAGGUGAUUUGGAACGCAUCGCAUGUAAGACAUCCGAACAUACUGAAGGCAGACUUUCAUAAGCUGAGUCUUUCAAGUUGUAUAUGGAUGGAUAGGGGCAAUUUUGUCACAUAG